UAAAUUUUAACCUUUUUCUUUAUAAAUUUUAAAUUUUUUUUUUUCGUUGAUCGAAUAAUUUUUGGUCUAUUCGUAAUCUUAUUAUCAUCAUUAAAAAAGGUUAAAAUUUAAAAAAAAAACCAAACUAAAAAUGGGAAAAGUAAAUUCUAAAACGGUUCAUUAUUCACUUAAAUCGAAGAAGAAACAAAGACAACUAUCAACAAAUUCAUUCUCUUCAACUUCAACUACUUCAUCUAGUGAAGUUUCACAUUCCUCACAAGAAAUAUCUCCAAAUGAAGAAGAAUUAUUUCAAUAUGUUGAUAAUAGAAGAUUUUAUAAAUGGAAUGAUUAUGUAAAUUAUGUUUACCCUGUUGAUCAUGACGAAACCGAUAGAAGUCAAAUGCAACAUUUUAUGUAUAAACAUGUUUGGGGUAGGAAUUUUUCUUCUCCUAUUGAACAAGAAUUACAAUCUGAUUCCAUGAGAAUUUUAGAUGUUGGUUGUGGAUCUGGUACUUGGAUAUUAGAGAUGGCCUCCGAAUAUCCAAAUGCUCAUUUUACAGGUGUUGAUAUCGCUCGCCUUUAUCCUUUAGAAAUAAAACCAGAGAACGUUUCUUUUUCUCAAGCAAAUGUCCUUGUGGGCUUACCUUUUCCAGAUGAUACUUUUGAUUUUAUUCACAUGAGUUUUAUGCUCUUUGCAUUCACUUUAAAAAAUUGGGAAAUUGCCAUAAAUGAAUUGGUAAGAGUAUGUAAACCUGGUGGAUAUGUUGAAUUAAUGGAAAAGGAUAUUUUUUGGUUCAAUGAAGGUCCAUUCUGUAAGGCCGCUCGUACAGUCAUGGCGGAAGAACUAAGAGAAAAAAAGAGCAUGGAAGUUGUUAUCACACCAACUUUACAAAAAGUCCUAUCACAACAUUCUACCGUUAAUCAUGAUGAAAAGGUUGUCCCCUUAGGUGAAUGGGGAGGUAAAUUGGGUAAAUUAUAUAGAGAAUUAUAUUCUUGGGGAGCUAAAAAUUUGAAAAAUGUUAUGAUCGAUGUUGGUUUUAGCGAAGAUGAAUGGAAUGAAACUGUCGAUAUUUGUUUAAAACAAUUACAAGAACGUAAAGGUUACGAUAAAAUCCAUAGAUUUUGGAUUAAAAAGAACGAAAAUUGAAAAAACAUUUUGAACUUCAUUUUUCCAAGAAAGAAAAAUUUUUUCAUUUCAUUCGUUUAAAAAAAUUUUUUUUUAACUUUCUGGAAAAAAAAAAAAAA